AUGUCCUGCUCCAGCCUGUGUGUCCCUUCCUGUGGGGUGGUUGCCCCAGCUCCCCUGGCAGGCACCAUCAAUGAGCCCUGUGUCCGGCAGUGCCCUGACUCCAUGGUCGUGAUCCAGCCCCCGCCAGUGGUGGUCACCAUGCCCGGGGUCAUCCUCAGCUCCUUCCCACAGGACACUGUCGUUGGCUCAGUAGGAGCCCCGGGUGUUGGAGGUGGCUUUGGUGGCACCUUUGGAGGUCGUGGUGGUUUUGGAAGCCUUGGGGGCUAUGGAGGCUUUGGGGUUUCUGGGGGCUACGGAGCCUCUGGGAUCUGCAGACCUGGUGGCUGGGCCCGAGGCCACAGGUACCUCAAUGGCAACUGUGGGCCCUGCUAA